AUGCUUUUAUAUGUUUUAUAUAUUGAUUUAUAUUCCUGUCUUAGUUAUAUCUCCAAAAAUGUUCUAGAAAAAAGAGGUGAUAUAAUCCAGGAUAAGACAGCAUUAAUUGACCAAUUUCAUAUUAGGCUUUAUAAAGAUAUAAAGUAUUUACUUCUUAUAAUGUCUAACCCUACCUUCCUUAAUAACGCAAUCAUGAAAGCU